CCGGUCCCGACCGCGGAGCGACCACCGAGCCGCGCCCGAGCCAGCCCCGCGGCAGGAAACGAUGAAGGGGGACACCAGACACCUCAGUGAAGAGGAGGGCGCCAGCGGGAGGGAGGACUCCAUCAUUCUCAUCAACGGGGCCAGCAGUGACCAGUCCUCCGACUCCAAGGACGCCCCUUCGCCCCCCAUCCUGGAGGCUAUCCGCUCGCCCGAGAUCAGAGGCCGCAGAUCCAGCUCCCGCCUGUCCAAGAGGGAGGUCUCCAGCCUGAUCAGCUACACUCAGGAUCUGACAGGGGAAGCAGAUGGUGAAGGAGAAGAUGGGGACAGCUCCGAGGCUCCUGUGAUGCCAAGACUAUUUCGGGAAACCAGGACCCGCUCUGCAAGCCCAGCAGUCCGAACCCGAAAUAGCAACAACAGUGCCUCCAAGUCCUUCCCACAUCCCACUCGAGGCCGCCAGGGCCGCAGUCACGUGGACGAGUCUCCCGUGGAGUUCCCAGCUACCAGGUCCCUAAGGCGGCGGUCAACAGCCUCGCCAGGUACGCCGUGGCCAUCCCCGUCCACUCCUUACCUCACCAUCGACCUCACGGAGGACGAUGUGACACCACAGAGCAGCAGUACCCCCUGUGCCAGCCUAGCUGAGAGCCAGCAGGAGACCUCCCAGGUGGACGCAGAGGGGAGAGACUCCGACAACACUGAGUACCAGGAUGGGAAGGAGUUUGGAAUAGGGGACCUGGUAUGGGGCAAGAUCAAGGGCUUCUCCUGGUGGCCUGCCAUGGUGGUUUCUUGGAAGGCUACCUCCAAGCGCCAGGCCAUGUCCGGCAUGCGAUGGGUCCAGUGGUUUGGUGAUGGCAAGUUCUCUGAGGUCUCUGCAGACAAACUGGUGGCCUUGGGSCUGUUCAGUCAGCAUUUUAACCAGGCCACCUUCAAUAAACUGGUGUCAUACAGGAAGGCCAUGUACCAGGCCCUGGAGAAAGCCAGGGUACGAGCUGGCAAGACCUUCCCCAGCAGCCCUGGAGAYUCUUUGGAGGACCAGCUGAAGCCCAUGUUGGAGUGGGCCCACGGGGGCUUCAAGCCCACUGGGAUCGAGGGCCUCAAACCCAACAACAACCAACCAGUGGUUAAUAAAUCGAAGGUGCGUCGUGCAGGCAGUAGGAACUUAGAAUCAAGGAAACACGAGAACAAGAGUCGAAGACGCACAGUUGAUGAUUCAGCCGCCUCUGACCACUGUCCCCCAAACAAGCGCCUCAAGACAAACUAUAACAAUGGCAAGGACCGGGGAGAGGAAGAUCAGAGCCGAGAACAAAUGGUUUCUGAUGUUACCAACAACAAGAACAAUCUGGAAGAUAGCUGUUUAUCCUGUGGUAGGAAAAACCCAGUGUCCUUUCACCCGCUCUUUGAGGGUGGGCUUUGCCAGACGUGCCGGGAUCGCUUCCUUGAGCUCUUCUACAUGUACGACGAUGAUGGUUACCAGUCCUACUGUACCGUGUGCUGUGAGGGCCGUGAGCUGCUUCUCUGCAGCAAUACAAGCUGUUGCCGGUGCUUCUGUGUGGAGUGUCUGGAGGUGCUGGUGGGCAAGGGCACAGCAGARGACGCCAAGCUGCAGGAGCCCUGGAGCUGCUACAUGUGUCUCCCCCAGCGCUGCCACGGAGUCCUGCGGCGCCGGAAGGACUGGAAUGUCCGCCUGCAGACCUUCUUCACCAGCGACCCGGGGCUCGAAUACGAGGCCCCCAAGUUGUACCCUGCGAUUCCYGCAGCCAAAAGGCGGCCCAUUAGAGUCCUGUCACUAUUCGAUGGAAUUGCCACAGGUUACUUGGUCCUCAAAGACUUGGGCAUUAAAGUGGAAAAGUAUGUUGCCUCGGAAGUGUGCGAAGAAUCCAUCGCCGUUGGAACCGUGAAGCACGAGGGCAACAUCAAAUAUGUGAAUGACGUUAGGAACAUCACAAAGAAAAAUAUUGAAGAGUGGGGUCCAUUUGAUUUGGUGAUCGGUGGAAGCCCAUGCAAUGACCUAUCAAAUGUGAAUCCUGCCCGGAAAGGCCUGUAUGAGGGCACUGGCCGACUCUUCUUCGAAUUCUACCACCUGCUCAAUUACUCACGCCCCAAAGAAGGGGAUGACCGGCCGUUCUUCUGGAUGUUUGAGAAUGUUGUAGCCAUGAAGGUCGACGACAAGAGGGACAUCUCACGGUUCCUGGAGUGCAACCCAGUGAUGAUUGAUGCUAUCAAAGUUUCUGCUGCUCACAGAGCUCGAUACUUCUGGGGAAACCUACCUGGGAUGAACAGGCCUGUGAUAGCAUCAAAGAAUGAUAAGCUCGAGCUGCAGGACUGCUUGGAAUUCAGUAGGACUGCAAAGUUAAAGAAAGUGCAGACAAUAACCACCAAGUCCAACUCCAUCAAACAGGGGAAAAACCAACUUUUCCCUGUUGUCAUGAAUGGCAAAGAAGAUGUUUUGUGGUGCACUGAGCUCGAAAGGAUCUUCGGUUUUCCUGUGCACUACACGGAUGUGUCCAACAUGGGCCGUGGUGCCCGCCAGAAGCUGCUUGGGCGGUCCUGGAGUGUGCCCGUCAUUCGACACCUCUUCGCCCCCCUGAAGGACUACUUUGCGUGUGAAUAGUUCUACCCAGGCCUGCUGGGGCACCAGGGUUCCUGGGACAGAGCCAGGAACCAGAAGGCACCCUGAUCCCUAAAGGCAUCCCAAGUCUGCCCCCAGCUGAGCUGUUGGGUCUCCCCUCAUACCUUAAUCCUCCUGCUCACUGGGAGCAGAGCCACCUGAUCCUCUCCUGCAGGGGGCCGCCAAGGUGCCACCCCCUUGUGCACAAUUCCGACCUGGCUGCUCUGAGCAGCCAAACACGGUGCUCAUUUUUUCUUCUAAAACUUUAAAACUUGAAGUAGAUAGUAAAAUGGCUUUUUUCCUCCCUCUUGGGUUUACCACUCAGAGAAACAAUGGCUAAGAUACCAAAACCACAGACCCACAGCCCUCAUAUACUCAGGUUAGAAUGCCAAAUCACCCAAGACUGUUUUUGCAAGACUUUUUAAAAGUGUCUACAGCUCUGUGUGUAGUUGUAGAUGGUGAGGGACAUUUUAAAGGCCCAGCAUGAAUGUUUUUUCCCUAGGGCUACCAGAAGAGGAAGUGAUACCUCUUUGUGAUACCACAUUCCCUUUGUCUCAGUCCAAGGCCAUUAGCCAUUAGAGUAUUUCUCACCAUGAUGGUGAUUCAGCAGGGAUGACAUCAUCAUCAUCAUCUCAUUCAGGGCAAUUCCCCCCUCCCCAAAUAAACCCAAGGGCAAGAGCCCCCCUUAGCUAAAUCCCUCCUGGAAUCUGCAAUAGAAGCCUCUGGAGCACUCAGGAAGUGGUGGGCUGGAAUUAUAUAUAAGCUGCCAUAUAUUAUAGUCAUCUCCCUCUUUCCUGUGUGCGGGGCAUGAAGGAGGGGGCUGAGCUAGGUAAGGACCCCCCCCCCCAUCCAUGCACCUACAGGCACAGGUCCCCAGAUGAGAACCUGGAUGCUCACAUUCCUCAUCCUUUCUGGACAUUCAGGGAAAGAAGCACAAUCCUCACACUUGCCCCUCAUCUAAGAGAUGGCAGGGGAAAGCUGCAAUAAAAGCUGCAUCCUUCCUCCAGAGAUUUUAAAAUCCUUUUUUAUUCCAUGAUAACRUCAUAUUUUUAAGGGGAAAGAGAGGUCGGACAAGCUGCAUUUCAGAAAUGCUGUUGUAGUGGUUUUUAACACCUUUUACUCCUUAUCUGGUGCUAUUUUCAGAAUCAGGAACAACCUUGACAAUGUUGGGGCUUUUUAUACAUUUUUUAAAAAAUACUCUCAAGACUUCUAUUUUUAUGUUUAACAUUUGCAUUAAAAAAUUUUUUUUGGUAACUGGAGCCACAUAACAAGUAUGGGGAA